AUGUUUGGGAUUCAGGAAAAUAUACCACGAGGUGGGACGACCAUGAAAGAAGAACCGCUGGGUAGUGGAAUGAACCCAGUCCGUUCAUGGAUGCAUACUGCUGGGGUAGUGGAUGCUAACACCGCCGCCCAAAGCGGUGUGGGGUUGGCUCGGGCACAUUUCGAGAAACAGCCGCCUUCCAAUCUCAGAAAAUCCAAUUUUUUCCACUUCGUCUUAGCUCUGUACGACAGGCAGGGACAGCCAGUGGAGAUUGAAAGGACAGCUUUUGUGGACUUUGUGGAAAAAGAGAAAGAGCCAAACAAUGAAAAAACCAACAAUGGGAUUCACUAUAAACUCCAGCUAUUAUACAGUAAUGGAGUUAGAACGGAACAGGAUCUGUAUGUUCGGCUAAUAGAUUCAAUGACCAAACAGGCAAUUGUCUACGAAGGGCAAGACAAAAACCCCGAAAUGUGCCGAGUGCUGCUAACCCACGAAAUCAUGUGCAGUCGAUGUUGUGACAAGAAAAGUUGUGGCAACAGAAAUGAAACACCUUCAGAUCCUGUUAUCAUUGACAGAUUUUUUCUAAAGUUUUUCCUCAAGUGCAAUCAAAACUGUUUGAAGAAUGCAGGCAACCCACGAGAUAUGCGAAGAUUCCAGGUUGUUGUAUCAACAACAGUCAAUGUGGAUGGCCACGUUUUGGCUGUCUCAGACAACAUGUUUGUACACAACAACUCCAAACAUGGAAGGCGGGCUCGCCGUCUUGACCCCUCAGAAGCCACACCAUGUAUAAAGGCCAUCAGCCCCAGUGAAGGUUGGACUACGGGUGGAGCCACAGUCAUCAUCAUUGGAGACAACUUCUUUGAUGGCUUGCAAGUUGUAUUUGGAACUAUGUUGGUCUGGAGUGAGCUGAUAACGCCCCAUGCCAUCAGAGUUCAAACCCCACCACGGCACAUCCCUGGAGUUGUUGAAGUAACUCUCUCCUACAAAUCCAAACAAUUUUGUAAAGGUGCUCCUGGACGGUUCGUCUACACUGCCCUUAAUGAACCAACCAUAGAUUAUGGAUUCCAGAGGUUGCAGAAAGUCAUUCCACGGCAUCCAGGUGAUCCUGAAAGGUUACCAAAGGAAGUAUUACUGAAAAGAGCAGCUGACCUUGUCGAAGCCCUGUAUGGUAUGCCCCACAACAAUCAGGAAAUCAUCCUGAAACGAGCAGCUGAUAUUGCAGAAGCAUUAUACAGUGUGCCACGCAAUCACAAUCAGAUUCCUACACUUGCCAACACUCCAGCUCAUACUGGCAUGAUGGGGGUAAACUCAUUUAGCAGCCAGCUAGCAGUUAAUGUUUCAGAAACAUCACAAGCUAAUGACCAAGUAGGUUACAGUCGCAACACAAGCAGUGUUUCCCCGCGAGGAUAUGUUCCAAGCAGUACUCCUCAGCAGUCCAAUUACAACACAGUCAGCAAUAGCAUGAAUGGAUAUGGCAAUACCGGCAUGCCCAAUCUUGGCGUACCUGGUUCUCCUGGAUUUCUUAAUGGCUCCUCAGCCAACUCCCCUUAUGGCAUAGUGCCGUCAAGCCCUACCAUGGCAGCCUCUUCGGUCACCCUCCCUUCAAACUGUAGCAGUACACACGGCAUUUUCUCAUUCUCACCUGCCAAUGUCAUCUCUGCAGUGAAACAAAAGAGCGCCUUUGCUCCUGUUGUCAGGCCCCAAGCUUCUCCUCCACCAUCUUGCACCAGUGCAAAUGGAAAUGGACUUCAAGCUAUGUCUGGGCUUGUAGUCCCGCCAAUGUAAAAUUCAUUUUUGUUUACGUACCAUAGCACCAAGCUUCAGAAGAUGAGCUUUUUAGGGGACAAGUUUAGUAUAUACGACGUGCUGAUGGAACCAGUAUCUUCAAAAUACAAUCAGCAACACGUUGAAAUGCUACAAAAAAAACUUUGUUUAAAGAUUUUAUUUAAACUAUUAAGAAUCAACAUGCAAACAAUCAAUUUCUUCAUGAACAAUUCCAUUUUAUUGACUGAACUUCUCUCAUAUUUUCACAUUUCUUGGUCCUGAAGAAAAAGGAAAAAGCGACGCCUAUUUUGUAUAAAGUUUCUGAUUACGUCUUGGCUAUGUCUAGUACUUGCUAUGUGUCGGGAAAAACUUUGUGGAUGCACCAUUUUGAUUAUCAUGAAACACUGAUGAAAACGCCUCCAAAACAUUUUUUUCUGUACUCAUAACUAGAUUCACAAUGGUUGUGUAUCUCUAUAAUGUGAAAUAUUUUUUUGUGGUGAAAAAAGGGGGCCAAGGAGGUAUGAGCCAUCAAAACUGGAAAAAAAAAGGAUGAAUAUAUGAUCUGGGAUAAUUUUGGGAGCUGGGGGAUGGGUGGGAGGGUUUAUCAUUGCUUAACUUCAUCUUAAUGAAAUGGAACUUUGUAACUUAUUGUAGUUAGAAAUUGUAACUUUGAUAUUGAAUUCUCUUGCCUUCAACAAGCACACUGACAGAGGAAAAAAUGCUACUGUCUGUUGGUAAAAAUAUACUUCCACUGCUAGAGCUUCCUGUUAAGCAAGUGUGAUCUGCAACAUUUUUUCAACUUUUGCUAGCACUGUAUACUAUUGCAUUCUUAGGCUACUGUGAAGUCUAUGUUUCUUGUACCAGAAAAUUGUCCUUUUGACUUCUAGAUCCUUCUUCCCUAAUGUGUUUUGUAUGUGGUUAUAAAAUUGUAGACUUUUGUGAUUUUGCCAAAGUUGUAGCUAAAUAUUUAUACACUUGUCUUGAAUUUUUUUCAGAUCCACUUAAAUAUUUAGAAGAGCAAAUUUUAUUCCUUAUAAAGAUAAGGAAUAAAAUAGUCAUACAUUGCAACACUUUCUUUCACAUAAACACUUGCAAUCACCAAGGGAAUUUGUUUUGUAACAUAUCAAUUAUAAAUAUUGUAUUUAUCUUUGAAAUUUUGUAUAUUGCUUUCCAUCAGUUUUUUUCUUGUAUGUAUGUUUUUGUCAUUGACUGGUAUUGUGAUGCUGUGAAAAGCAUUAAGCCAAGAACAGUUGCCUUCAUAUUUUUCUGUUAAAAUAAAUUUGUGUUCAUUCAUUUCA